AUGGGCAGCUUCGGAUCAGUUUCGUCUGUUCCGCCCGGAUCAGCUAAAAUUCCGGCGUUUCAGAUGGACUACACAAUAACAGAAACGGAUACUCUGGAAAGAGUAGCCGCAUCUCACGAUUGUACAGUAGGAGAACUCAUGAAGCUCAAUAAAAUGGCAUCGAGAAUGGUAUUUCCUGGUCAGAAGAUACUAGUACCACUAGCCAAUGCUGAUGACGUCUUUGAUCCACCAUCGUCUGCCUCUUCACUCAAAUCCUCAGGAAAUCAAAUAUCUGGAAUUGAAAAUGCAGAAGAUGGAAUACGAAAAGGUCCAGGGGGCGCUGUUCCGGCUCAUGUUCGGAGAGGAUCAUUCACAAAAACCCAGUCAGCUCCGAUACCACGUGGAAGUAAUGAUGAAGCUGAUACAGAUUGUUUACAGCGGUUUCUGAAGAUCAAAGUGAAACAGGUCACUGAAUCAGAUGGAACUGUAUCAGGAACACUUCUCGUUACUCCAAAUUGUUUGAUGUUCGAUCCCGAUGUUUCUCAUCCAUUAGUGAAGGAAAAUGGUCCAGACUUGUACGGAAUGGUCGCAAAUAUGGAUGAAAUUCAAUCAGUAUCGGUUUACAAAGAAAUAAGUGGAUUGACUGGCGAUAAAGCGGAGAAAAAGAGAGAUAUCUUCGAUCCAGAUCAUCUACGAACACCUGAAGAUAGUCCAAAAAAGCAAAUAAAACAAAAUGGAGAAAUUGAAAUUGCGAAGAACGAGGAAGUAGCGUUCGAAGCAGGAUCUGUUGACUCAAAUCAUUCUCCAAAAUUUGGAAGUGAUAUUGCUUUGCCUGCAAUUUCAGAAGAAACAAAAGAUUCUCCGUGUGAAGAAGCUAAAGGAGAUUUGUCAAGGAAUAGAUCAGCUACACUUGGAGAUGAGGAAAUUCAGUUAAGAGCUAGAUCUCGGACAUCUUCACAAGCUAGCAGUAAUGAUGAGAGGCCAAGAAGUUUCUCCGAAUUGGAUACUCCAUCAGAAGGAAAGAAUAUCGGAAGAUUUUCGCCAAACGCUGCAAGGAGAUCAUUCGGAAAGCUUGGAAGAACUUUAAGUGCCCGAGCAAAAUCCAUUCAAGGUACAGUAACAUCUGGCGCCGAAAAAGUCGUUGGAACAGCAGUUCAAGGGACAAAAACUGUUGCUCACGGAGUUGUGACACAUACGAAAAGUGCUGCAGAUACGCUACAAUCAGGGAUUGAAAAUGGGGCGAAGGCAGCAGCUGAUGUUGCUGGACGUGUUGUCGACAAAGGGCAAUCACUAAUGAGUGAAAGCAUCAAUGGCGUCACAGAAAUUUUCAGUGUCCCUGACUUUGAGCAACCAGCAAAAAGUCCAUUGGCAAUGAAACGUGAGCAGUCUCUGGCAAAACUUCAAGAUUUGAGAAGGCAAACUGCUGAAGCACGAGAAAAUUCUGCAAAAGAAAAUCAUGCGGGCGUAUUUGCAUGUGCCACAUCAAGUGACGAAGCACCGGAUCUAUUUGCGGCUGUUGACGAAAUAAUGGAACGGAAUAGGAUUCAGAGCAACGAUUCGACAGCUUCUCAGUCACCAAUUCUUCCAUUCUACAUGGCUGUCAGACUGACAAGAAAUAAGAAAAAGAAGAAGUCUUCCACUAGCUCACCAUCAUACGACGAGGAUAUUGCCUUUGGAAAUAAAUUGAAAAGAGAGUUUUGGUUCGCAGUACCACGUAAUCAAGCCGACAACAUUUACCACUUUUUACUGCAGUGGUCACCGGAUAAGUACGGAUUGGAUACAACGACCUCAACAACCGAAGAACCUUCAUCGGUGAUGUCCAACGACGGACAAGAUAAGGGAUUCAUUGUUCUUGGAUCGAAUGCCGACGAGUCUCUUGGAGGCGAAAAGUCGACACCGUUGUUCGGAUCGUCCCUACUCAACCGCGAAUGGGAACUUGUCACAGUUUCAGAGAUGUGCAGACGUCUUUCACUCGAUCAAGAGCUCGAACUUCCAAUUCCAGACGGAGCAGCUACAUCACAGAUUUUGGAUGAACUUAUGAUUCGACAGGUGAUGGACAUUCUUCCACCACGUGCUGAAGGUUACCCAUGGGUCAACAUCUAUAAUUCGGAAAAGCACGGAUUCUCACUUGCCACAAUGUACAGAAAGAUGGCAGAAUUCGAUGAGGACCUAUCACCAGUUUUGCUCAUCAUCAGAGACACCAAGGAACACGUCUUCGGAGCUGUCGUCUCGUCAGCCAUCAGACCAAAUGAUCAUUUCUUUGGAACUGGUGACAGUUGUUUAUUGUGGAGAUUCACAGGAGAAGUGCCUCACACUCGCGAACUUCGCCAAUACAACUGGACGGGUGAUAAUCAGUACUUUGUAAACGCCGCCAAGGAUUCCUUAUCCAUUGGAGCUGGUUCUGGAAGAAAUGGAUUAUGGCUUGAUGCUGACCUCAAUCAUGGAAGCUCGCAAAAAUGUGAAACGUUUGACAAUGAACCAUUAUGUGGAGAUGAUCAGGAUUUCAUUAUUCAAUUCAUUGAGGCUUAUGGAUUCAGAAUGUAAUGUGUGUAUAUUGUUGAAUAGAUUCAAUACAAAAAGGCCCCAAAAGUCAAUAUAUUCCCUUUAAGUUGUUUUUUAUCAUGACACAAACAUACCACCAUUUUCUUGGUGCCCAUCUUUCCCAUCCAUGCUCCAUCAAAUUGUAAAACGCAUUUGUUUCCUUCCCCCGACACAAAGAACUAAUUCUUGUUGCCCCUCCACACCGAUUUUAUGUGUAUAUUCAUUCCCCGUAUAUUUAUUCCUUUAAACACACACACACCCUCAUGAUAAUUUGUGUUAGGCAUAGUCUUCUCAUAUUUCCCCCACCCCGAUUUGACACAUGCUCCCGCAGUGAUAUUUUUGUCCCCCAAUUUUCAAUUGUUUCAUUUGAGUCUACUGGUAUUGUGAAACUAGUUGAUUUUCCUCACACACAACACAAACACGUCAGUCAGUUACAGUACUCAUCUCAAUUUUUGUGAGAUGGAAAGUAUAAAGUAAUAAACCUUAAACGAAAUAUUCAGUUGUUUUCAAAUAUAAAAAUGAGCGCUUUAAAU